UCGGUAUAUACAUACGAACACAACCAUACAACAACCUCGCCUUCCCCUUAACUGCAUACAACACCACAUCACACUACAGACAACAUCCAACAUGGUCCGAGACAAAGUCAUCAUCGAUACCGAUCCUGGUGUGGACGACGUCCUCGCUAUCCUCCUCGCCUUGGCAUCGCCAGAGCUGGACGUCCGAGCCCUAACAAUCACCUUCGGGAACACCCUCGCUCCCUCAGCCUACCAAAACACCCUGAAACUCUUCGCUUGUCUCUCCCGAGAGUUCGCUGCGAACCCCUCUGCGGAGACGAGAUACGCGGGGAACCUGAUCCCUGCAGAGAGGGAAGGGGGGAAGAAGCUCGUAUUGGCGCUCGGGGCGGAGGGGCCGGUCGGUGGGGAGAGGGAUUUGGCAGCUUAUUUCCACGGGACAGACGGUCUAUCCAACAUCUCCCAGACCCACCCUCAUUUCACCCCACCGCCCCUCCCUACCUCCGGGGCUACGCACGAUUACCUGGACAUCGAGGAGAAGAAGCCUGGGUACGAGGUCAUGCUCGAUAUCUUGAGGAGCGAGGAGGAGGGGACGGUGAGGAUCAUCGCUUUGGGGCCACUGAGCAACGUCGCCCUAGCCUACCGGGCCGACCCAGAGACGUUUAAACGAGUUCGAGAGGUCGUCUGGAUGGGCGGAGCGCUGGAUGUUCCGGGGAAUACGUCGCCUACGGCCGAGUUUAAUUGUUUUGCCGAUCCUUACGCAGCUCAGGAAGUCGUCGAAGCCGUCACCUCGGGCGCGUUCACCCUGACGAUGUGUCCGCUGGAUAUCACCACCCCGCAUACCAUCCACUUUGACAAGCUCAUCCACGACGUCGAAGCUGGCGGAAAGACCCAGGAACAGCCCCUGAAGGAAUUCAUCUCGGCCAUGCUCAUCCGCGUAAGAGGGUUGAUGAAGUCGUUCAACUUGCCAGACGCGAUGGAGAUGCACGAUCCGAUGGCCGUGUGGUACGUGAUCGCUACGGUCGGUACGGAUCCUCGAGUUCGGGUUGGCGGACAAAAGACUGGUAAAAGCGCGGGCUGGCCGGAAGGGUGGGAGGGUGUCAAGAGGGUGUUCGCGGUGGAGAGGAAGGGAGAGUUGUCCAGGGGGAUGUGUGUUGUCGAUCGACGGGGCACGGGCGAACAACACUUCAUCCGGACCGAAGGCGAUUUCUCUUCCGGCAACAACGACAUCAAGAGCAACGAGUCAUCGAGCGUCGUCGUUGGGGAGACGUCUGAGCCUGCUCCUUGGGUGGUCAGCAGGACCCCUGGGAGCGACGUUUUGGAGGAGAUGUUGUUGGCCAGGGUGUUUGGGGCCUAGACGUUCAGAGUAGAGCAGAGUAGAGUGGGUUGAGGGGUUGUAUGGUUGUAUGGGGGUAAUGUAGGAUGUGCAAGUGAAACGCAUAGCAUACAGCGUGAGAUGUCGCAGGGUGGUACAGGGUGGCGAUGGCGCGUUUUGGCAAGUGAUUCGGAAUGCAAGAGUGAGAUUCGGACCGGGGCGAUGGGUGGCGUAAUCAGC